AUGCGUGUCACCCUUCUCUAUCCUUUGGCUCUAGCCUUGCUGGCAACCCUUUCCCUGGCAAACGUCGUAGUCGACCUCACCCAGACGGCCAAAUUCGACGUUUCCGUGGGACAAGAUCGUCCUGCCCUCGUCGCCUUUACAGCUCCGUGGUGUGGCCAUUGCAAGAAGCUUCAUCCCAUCUACGAGGAGGUGGCCGCCGCCUACUCUUCUCAGCCGGGUCGCGUUCUCAUCGCAAAUGUAAAUGCGGACGAGAACAAGGAGCUAGGCAAGAGGCAUGAGAUCAAGGGCUUCCCCACCAUCAAGUACUUCCCUGCUAACUCGCCAACGACGGAGUCCGAGACCUACAGUGGACCAAGGACUGUCGAAGCGCUUGUGGCUUUCAUUGACGGCAAGGUCGGAACCAAGGGCAAAGUCAAGCAGCCUCCUCCGCCUGCAGUCAAGCACCUCACCAACGCCGACUUCAAGGACGUCGUUUAUAAUCCCAAUGCAAACGUCCUCGUAGAGUACUACGCCCCUUGGUGUGGACACUGCAAGAACCUUGCACCCAUCUACGAGUCCGUGGCCCAAACCUUCGCAAACGAUGAUGACUGCGUCGUGGCAGCUCUGGACGCUGAUGCCGAGGCGCACAGGCCUAUUGCGCAAGAGGCCGGCAUUCAGAGCUUCCCUACGCUCAAGUUUUACCCCAAAGGUGGCAAGGACGCCCCAGAGGCCUACACUGGCGGUAGGGGAGAGGACGACUUUAUCAACUUCCUCAACGGCAAGUGUGGCACUUUCAGGACAAAGGGUGGAGGAUUGAGCGAGCUCGCGGGCAGGCUGCCGAGCCUUGAUUCCCUCGCCUCCCGCUUCUACAGCGCCUCAGACGACCUGGCCGAGCGUACGACGAUUCUCUCCGAGGCAAAGGACUUUGUCACCCGCUCUUCUGCCUCUGUCAACGCCACCGAGGCAAAGAACGCGGCCGCAGCGUACUACCUCAAAGUGAUGGACAAGAUCAACUCUGACCCCUCGUGGCUGACCAAGGAGACCAACCGAAUCAAGGCUCUCAUCGAGGGGAGCGUCAGUGGUGCGGGUGCGCUCGCAGGGAAAAAGGUCGACGAGUUGAAGAAGAAGGCAAACGUGCUUGCUGCCUUUACCAAGAGGAAUCUGAGCGACAGGGCUAAGCAGGCUGAGGAGAAGGCUAAGAAGCUCAAGGAGGAAUUGUAA